UAGUUUAGUUUCUACUUCUCGUAGCAAUCCUCAUACUCUUCCAACCGUUGUUCCUUCCGCUGAUGAUAAAUUCUCUAACAAUUCUGAUCUCCCCAAAAUACUUCCCCCAGUGAUAGGUGGUAGUUUAGAGGAAACGGCAGUUAAUUUGGAUGAGCAAGAAGCAAAUGAAGUAAUUAGAAAAACCGCCACUCAUUUACCAUCCAAAGAAGAAGCCCAAGAA